UUUUGUUUUUAGUGAAGAUGAAAGACGCAGUCGCUGUGUUUGAAGAAAGACCCACCAAAUUAAUCCGCGUUUUUAUUUUGUUUCGUUCCUCUUGAAAGCAUGAAGAAGCCUCCAACUCAGACCUCUUCAUCCACCUUUUCCAGUUUUAAUUUCCCUCUUCGCCUUCUUUCUCUCUUCUUCAUCUCGCCACCUCAUUCUUAAUUAAGCGCAGCUACCACAAUGGAAGCAGUAUUUCGGAAUCAAGACUCGUCUUCAAAGUUGGACCUCUGUAGUGCUAAUCAUGCAAGAUGAUUGAGAAUUUUGAAUAUCAAGAGAGGUCAAGGGAUGGUUGAUCAAGGUGAUUUAGUUGUCAUCUGUGUCUCUAUUGGAGUGGCCCUUGGGAUUUUGAUAGCUUGCUUGGUAUAUUUUGGCAUAAGGUGGUACAAUAAGCGAACUCAUCUAAGCCGAUCUGCGAAUGAGCCUAGUUUAACAGCUAUCCCUAUACGAACAAAUGGAAUAGGAACAAGCACUGAUUUCAGUGCUUCACUCACCAGUUCCGUAGCCAAUUAUAGCUCACCAAAUCCCCCAAAAAAAUCACAUCCAGCUGGGUGGAAUCAUCAGAGUAAAGAUGGCUUUGCUUCUGUAUCAGGCAUUCUGAAGUAUUCAUACAAGGAAAUUCAGAAGGCCACACAAAAUUUCACAAAUAUUUUGGGAGAAGGGUCAUUUGGCACAGUUUAUAAAGCCAUGAUUCCUACAGGAGAGGUGGUAGCUGUAAAGAUGCUUGCGCCCAAUUCCAAACAAGGGGAGAAAGAAUUUCUAACGGAGGUGUUUCUGCUAGGAAGACUGCAUCAUCGGAAUCUUGUAAAUUUGUUAGGGUACUGCGUAGAUAAAGGACAGCUUAUGCUUGUUUACGAGUUCAUGAGUAAUGGAAGUUUAGAAAACCUUUUAUAUGGUGAAGAAAAAGAAUUGAGUUGGGAUGAAAGGCUGCAAAUUGCUGCUGAUAUUUCACACGGAGUAGAAUACCUUCAUGAAGGGGCAGUACCACCUGUCGUCCAUCGUGAUUUGAAAUCUGCUAAUAUUCUGCUAGAUCACUCAAUGCGAGCUAAGGUUUCUGAUUUUGGGCUCUCAAAGGAAGAGAUCUUUGAUGGCCGUAAUUCUGGCCUUAAAGGUACAUAUGGCUACAUGGAUCCAGCAUACAUUACCUCGAGCAAGUUCACAGUGAAGAGUGACAUUUACAGUUUUGGUAUAAUAAUUUUUGAGCUCAUCACUGCCAUCCACCCACAUCAAAAUUUGAUGGAAUAUAUCAACCUUGCUGCAAUGGAUUACGAUGGUGUGGAUGGGAUUCUUGACAAGCAACUUGUGGGAAAAUGCAACGUUGAGGAAGUGAGACAGCUUGCUAAAAUUGCACACAAAUGUUUGCACAAAUCACCUAGGAAACGCCCCUCCAUAAGUGAGGUUUCGCAGGCUAUAUUGGGGAUUAAGCAAAGGCGUCUCAUGAAAGAAGAGAACAUGUCAUUUGCAAGCACCAACUUCUCCCGAAGUGUGAGUCAAAUAGAUGAGCAACAGGUUGAAUUAACUAGCAUAAUUACCAUGAACCACAGGGAAAUGGGGUGAAUGCAUAUUCAUAUGUUUUGUUGUGAAAAUUCUUUUUGAGUUUAGGUCAAGGAAAAUUUGUACAAAAAAUCACUGAAUGCCAGUAGCUGCAUAUGUGAGUCAGGAUGUACAGAUAGCAAGGGUGGAUCUCAUGCUACCCUGAAACAUGAUUUUUGUUUGUGAAUGGUCAAUUAUCUUGUGAGUUUUUUAUAGCUAAAUUACACAAAUAGAUUCUACAUUGAACCAUCAACCAUUUACCCAUAGAUGUACGCUUUCUACGGAACAAAUAAAGAUGAUAUGGUGAUUGAAGGAAA